AUGGACAUCACUCAUCUCCACUCUGUUGAAGAUGAUAAACCACUGACCUACCUGGGAUUUCCUCUUGUGCAAAGCCAUAUCCAACGUAUUCAUUUCAUGGGUACAUUGGUGACCAAGAUCAAGACUGCCAUUCAGAUUCAUUCUGGCCGCACAUUGUCUGUUGUUGGUAAAACUACGGUGUUGAACACUCUUUUACUCUCAAAAUUGUGGUACAUCUUGCGGAUGACGUCUCUGACCCAAACUGACUUCAAGCAGUUGAGCUCUCUGGCCUUUCAAUUCCUGUGUAGAAAUAUCUUUCCGGCUAUUCCUUGGAAAGUUUGGACUCUACCAAAGGAGAAAGGGGUCUCGGUGUCGUAG